AUGAGGGUUUGGAAGAGGAGGGGUGCGCAUAGGGUGCGGAAGAGUCUGGAUGCGAAGCUUAAGUGGAGGAGGCCGACGUUGAUGAGCGGAGCUGCGUUUUGCGGCUCUUCUUCAUUGUUGUCUGAUGCUGGCUGUGGAGGAGGGUCAGCGAAGAGGAGUUCGAUGAUGCCGUGUCGGCAUGACGUCCUCCAACUAGAUUGCUCGCCCUUCGCUGAGCUCGCGGGUUUCGAUAGACCGGAUGCAAGGAAGAGACUUGCUGCUACGACGAAAUCAGGGCGAAUGCUGCAGAAGUCGGGAUCUGCGGAACUGGAGAAGGGGGCGAAGGUUGAGAGCCAGACGUUCCCGGGCCCGUUGGUGCUACCGCAUGACGAUCUGAACUAUGAUCCUGAUGGGCCGGCCCAGAGCUUUAAGAGCUGGUUGAACGAGAAGCAUAGGAAUAGGGUUACACCGGGGAGGAAGACGUUGUAUGUGGCGGCUGUGCCGGAGGUUGAUGAGAGCGUGGGGUUCAUGAGGGGGUGGACUAGGGUGAGGGUUGAUGGUGCUGGAGGCGCACCAAGCAACGGUCUGGGAAAGAGGAAGAUGGUGGACGGCGAAGAGAACGAGAGAAAGAGAGCUAUUGCUGAAGAUGAAGAGAUGCAGUCGCCGGAUGUGCAUGAUGUGGUAGGCUACCUACAGGCUUUCUAUCACGGCAUGCACGUCAAGCAGUUCCCGCAGCGCCUGCGCUGGGUGCCGUGGAAAGAGAAGGGCAGAGCAGCCACGAAGAUGAAUGAUAUACCAAGAUACGUCGCCCUCCAAUACGGAGACCGCGCAACACGUAUCCGCGCGCGCCCCAGCCCCGACGGCGUCUUCACCGCGCAGCUCAACCUAAACGAUAUCCUCGACGCGGCUAUCGCUAUGCUCCCCGCCGAUGCGUAUUCGAUCCUCCUCCUCGUGGACCACGACAUCUACGAGAGCGAAGAGGACGACUUCUGUUGCGGCCGAGCUUACGGCGGCUCCAGGAUUGCGGUUGUGCAGAGUGCGAGGUAUACUCCGGAACUCGAUGAGAGGGACGGAAUUGAGUACGCGCAUGCGUGGCCGAUGAGCCAUUGUAAAGCCUACGCCGACGCGCUUUGUGGGGUUGAAGACGUUGUUCCUCGGCCUGCGACUGUUUCGCAAAUCCGGCUUUCCAAGACUGGACCGAUGCGCGCCGCUAUCACUGCUACUUCUGCGCUCUCUUCUCCUCCAACGACGGUUGAGGACUUGCGCGCGCUAUGGCUCUCCCGGAUUGCGCGAACGGCGUCCCAUGAGCUUGGCCACUGUCUCGGUAUGGGGCAUUGUGUGUACUAUGCGUGUAAUAUGCAAUCGACAGGGGGAUUGAGGGAGGAUGCGCGACAGCCGCCGUAUUUGUGUCCGGUUUGUGAGGCGAAGGUGGGAUGGGCGGUGGCGUGCGAGCUGCAGCGAGGUGGGGAGGAGGACAGAAAGAAUUGGGUGAUGGAGAGGGGUAAGGCGUUGGGGGAGUGGUGUAAGAAGUGGCAUGGUGUGGGGAUGUGGGAGGGUUUGCGAGCCUGGUUGGAAGCGAGGGAUAAGUUGGUGGGAAUUAAGGCAUUGAAGUGGUAGGAUUGGAGGACGGAACGGCAUCUCAUUGUUUAUACUAUUAGCAACCCAGGGCCCUCCCAAGGGCGCAGGUAGGCUUCAUUUAAUCCCGACGUCUUUCAGCGGCCUUGAAC